AUGGCCGGCGGAGAUAAAUUUUCGAAAAUCGAUUUACAACACGCGUAUUUACAAUUAGAAAUUCGUCCCGAGGACCGCGAACUGGUAACGUUAAAUACACACAAAGGAUUAUAUAGAUGCACCAGAUUACUGUACGGCAUUGCAAGCGCACCCGCAAUUUGGCAAAGACAAAUGGAAAAUUUGCUACGAGACAUUCCGGGAGUCUCAGUGUUCAUCGAUGAUAUUCGAAUUACCGCUCCAAAUGAUAAAGUUCACUUGCAACGCCUAGAACAGGUAUUAACUAGAUUAGGCGAAGCAAAUAUCCGAAUCAAUACGGAAAAAUCCGAAUUUUUCAAGAAUUCAAUCGAAUACUGCGGGUACAGAAUUGAUAAACAGGGUAUUCACAAAACAAAAACAAAAAUGGACGCGAUUGAUAAGAUGCCGCGACCGCGAAAUAUAACGGAACUACGAGCGUUCAUUGGAUUUGUAAAUUAUUACGGCAGGUUUAUAGAAAACUUGAGCUCGUUACUUUUCCCCCUGUACGAAUUAUUGAGCGACCGCGUGCCAUUUAAAUGGACGAAGGAAUGCGAAAAAGCGUUCUUAGAUGCUAAAUGUCAAUUCAAAAGUAACAAAGUCCUGGCGCAUUUCAAUCCGCAAUUACCGUUAAUUGCAGCUACCGACGCUAGUUCAUACGGUGUCGGAGCAAUACUCUCGCAUAAAUACCCAGAUGGAUCGGAACGGGUUCUGCAAUACGCGUCACAAACGUUGUCGAAAACCCAACGUCGAUAUUCACAAAUCGACAAGGAAGCCUACGCAAUCAUCUUUGCAAUUAAAAAAUUCCACCAAUAUCUUUACGGGAAUCAUUUCACUCUGUACACCGACCACCAACCGUUAGUACAAAUAUUCUCGCCAACUAAAGCACUGCCCGCUUACAGUGCCAUGAGAAUGCAACAUUAUGCAUUAUUCUUACAAGGGUUUUCUUUUAAUAUUAAAUACAAAAAUACGAAAUUACACAGUAACGCGGACGGUUUAUCGCGUUUACCCGUACGAAACGAAACUGAUUUCGAGUAUGACGUGGUAGAUGCUCACGAGUUAAAUAGCAUAAAUACUUUACCGGUUACAGCCGAGGAAAUAGUGAAAGAAAUAGAAACAGACGAUAAAUUACACAAAAUUAAAGUAGCAUUACAAAGCGGGAAGCUGCUAUCCGCCCGCGACCGAUUCAAUGUUAACCAAACAGCGUAUAGUUUACAACAAGGUAUCAUUAUGGUCAACGAUAAGGUGUUUAUUCCCGGAAAAUUACGAAACAGAAUACUACAAGAAUUACAUUCAGGGCAUUUUGGCGUAAUUAGAAUGAAACAUUUAGCUCGAGGAAUAUGUUGGUGGCCGGGGAUAGAUCGAGAUAUAGAAAACGUCACUAAAAAUUGCGUACACUGUAAUAAUAAUAGAAACAAUCCGGCAAAAGUGGACACACAUUGUUGGGAGCCUACGAAUACUGUUUUCGAUCGUGUACAUGUUGAUUACGCCGGUCCUUUCUUAAACCAUUACUUCUUCGUGCUGGUCGACUCAUUUUCAAAGUGGCCAGAGGUUCGAAUAGCUAAAAAUACAUCAUCAAGAACUACAAUAGAAAAAUGUAGGGAAAUUUUCAGUACAUUCGGUAUCCCGCGAAUUAUGGUGAUGGAUAAUGGUAUUAGUUUUCGCUCCCAGGAAUUCAUGUCUUUCUUGAAAACGAACGGAAUUACUCCGAAAUUUACGGCACCGUAUAACCCGUCGACAAAUGGACAGGCGGAGCGUUUCGUCCAAAUGUUAAAAAUUGGUAUUAAAAAGAACCUAGAACAAAAACAAGCAACAGAAGAAAAUAUUCACACUGCGUUACAACAAUUGUUACUCCAUUACCGAACGACUGUAUAUGCGAAUACAAAUGUAUCCCCAGCGGAAGUAAUGUUUUCAAGGAAAAUAAGAACGCGUUUAGAUUUAGUUUUGCCGGCCAAGCAGCAACCGCGUUCAGAUGUAAAUACAUGA